AUGGCUCAAGAAGCUCCAACCUCCUUCGAAGUCCAAUGGGCUCCAGGAAGUCCUAGGGCCCCCCACCCACUCCAAGAUUCGCCAGCAAGAAGACACAGCUCCGCACCGCCUUCCUCUCCAACCCUCUCGAUCCCCAUCUGGGUCGCCGCUGUGUUUGCGAUCGCGUGCAUCUUCCGUGACGCUCGGGUCGCUGCCCAGACGAACCACUCGGAGCUCGAGCCGCAACUUCUGCUGCUGGCCAACACGCCCACCACGUGCUCGUGGGGUGCCAACCUCGCCUGCAGUCUCACGGACUCGACCAACAACCUCAAGCUCGGAGCCGGGUGCGUCCUGCCUGUACCCAUUCCGACGGACAACUACGUCUCCGACAAGCGCACCAAUAAGUUCGAUGACGCUCAGCUGUUGACGGCGUCGGAGCAGCCGUUCGUCGAGAUCACGUCUACUUAUGCCGGGUCGUCGACGGUGGACUCGAGGACGGGCCAAGUGGCGUGGUACCGCUACAAGACCGCGCCGCUCACGUCACAGCAGAGCGUCAACUUCAAGGUUCCUGGACUGUACUCGCUGUCGAUCAUCGCUACCGACUACGACCGCACCGCCCAAUGUGACGGCUGCGUCGCGAUCAACGACGCGCUGGACCAGCAGUUCGACCUGGUGCCUCAGUGGCAGCUGCUAAACGUCCCCAACCCUGCAGCUCUGACCACGGCAUCGUUAGCCACGGCUAGAACCUACGAAGGCUUGUUCGACAACUACGUGAAGGACGCCAACGUGCUGAACAACGCCAACGGUGGAGACGACUGCAGUACCGCUGAAACCAAGGUCGAGUACCUCCGAGACGACUUGAAGAGCUUGUCUUCUGGCUCGUGUUUCAGCGACGCAUCAUUGGCGACAAGCGUGGACAACCUCAAGACGAGUCCGUUCACGACCCAACUGCAGACGCCGUACCUCUCCUUGCAGUCAACCUUGGCUGACAGCUGCCAAUGGUGCUGUGAGAAGUCCAAGACGCUGCUGGAGAAGUACACCGAGUACGGGUGUGCAACGGCCCCCGCUGACAAGGGUUGCGUCUUCGGCGACACGCUGGCUACCGUAACGAUUGGCAUUGCUUCGGCCGUCCAAACGGUUUCCAACGGUGUGCUCAAUGCGCUCCCCAGUAAGCCGACGGGCAGUGACGCGACCAAGCACGUGUACUACAGCGUUGGAUGCACCGACUUCAGCGCCACGGACAGCAAGUGCCACUAUGAGGUGGAACUGUCCAAGCUGCUUACCGUCACGACGGGCUUUGCCGGGUCCUUCCCCACUCCGCCGUCCGAGACGGGCAAGAUCAACGACUAUGUCUUCUGGCGCUACAACCUGGACGGUGGCGAGUGGAAGACGUGGAGCCGCACCAGUGACAGCAAGAUCGCCUUCACGGACGCUAGCACGGCGGUGAUCGUCGAGGCGUGGACGAGCUGCGGACGCGUGGGCGACGCCUUCUCCUUCGAUGUGAACCUCUUCGUGCACAGCACGCUGACGUGCUCCAGUUUCGACGCCAUGUGGAAGUUGGAAGGCUCGGAUCCUACGCCUGGCAACGCCUACUGCGCGUACCCGGGCAGCGACUUCGCUGUCAUGAAGCUGGACAUGACCGUCGCGGACGUAGUGCUGAGCUCUGCCGGUAAGGUGACGGGGUCGUACGCUGGCGUCACGUGUGACAUCAUGCUCAAGGAGGAGGCGACGACUGCGACGAAUACGAAGGCGUACCAGCUUCUGUCGGACUCGACGAACCCCACGAUCUCCAAGUACUUUGCCGUCGAGAUGGUGCACAACCCGCACACAGCUCGCAAGACCGCCGCUAAAGUUACGUGCACGUUCACGCGAACCCCGCACAGCAACACGAUGCUGCUGGCAGAGGACACGGACCCGAACUCCAUCACGUGCAUGCACGACUUCACCGUGACGGACUGCGAUGCCCCGGAGGUGAUCUCUUUCGUUCAGGACGGCCUGUGUGCCGAUAAGUGUGCGGGGAAAGCUGCACCGGGGGUGAACGAGGCGUGUGGUGGCACGGUCGUGAGGUCCGAUGCAACGGACACCAGCAUCUCGACGACGGAGGCGACUUGCUGCACCGACUGCGACCCGGAUCUCAGCUGUACGGCGGUCGGCUCGACGGACGUCAAGCGCUGCGAGAAGUCAGCACUGAUCCCGCUGAUGUUGACUGCCACGGAGGAGGAGAAGAGCUUUACCAGCAGCUCGACGUUGGUGCUGCUCGGUGCUACUGCUAUGGUCGCUGUCGUGGCGCUCGUUGUGGUCAAGCGCCGCACCGGCAGCUCGACCGUGCACGAGGACGCGUACUACCCAUUGCUCGAGUAA